UUAAGGCACAGGCUUCCUGAGAAACGCCUCGCGUGACGUCAUCCAGAGGGGGAUCUCCCUUCCACUCCCUCAACUCAGCCUGCUACGCAACUGAAGCAGUUUCGGUGUCGAAGCCGGCAAUUCCUGUAAGGUCCUUCCUUCUCAAGGCCGCCGCAUCAUCGACCUCGUGUGACUUGGGGAAGAUCUCAAACGAGGUGUCCGAAAAUGCGUAUCGCGCGUAAAAUGUAGCUUUUGUUCGCGCUCACUUUGUCGCGUUUGCCUCCAUUCGUUGUCGGCCUAGUCGAGGCUUUAGGUCAUAGACGCCGUACUCGAUGUCUAACGUCAAUUCUGUGGUUCGCAUCGAGAGCGAUUUGCAGUCAAGAUCCAGCUUCAGGCAACAUAGGACAUCUCAGACGUAUUGACAACUUCGAACGCCUCACGUUCGGAAUUCGCCUCGAAUUUAACAUCAUCGCCACGCUUCAGGACAUCAGGAGAAGACUUCGGAGUUCGGUGACGUGAAGCUGCCUGCCACUGACGAACAACACGCAUUGGGGUUCUCUUAAGCGCACGAAUAUGGCUUCUUUAACGAUGUCUCAUAGGUUGGAACUCCAAAGAUUAUCCGAACAGUUGAGCGAAGAAGAGGUGAGCAGCCUGCGAUUCCUGUGUCGGGAUGAGUUGCCCACCUGGGCCUCCCUGCCCACAGCCGAGCUGCUGAUGGCCCUCUUCCAGAUGGGGGGCAUCGGCCAGCUGACGGCCAAGCUCAGCGCCUUGCACCGCCACGAUCUGCUGCGCCGAUUGGGCAUCCACAACGCCCAGAUGGCAGGAGGAGCUAACAAUGUUGAUUAUGGGACGGUGGCGACAAGUCGAACCGGCUCCAGCUACAGGGAAUUUUUGGUUGAACUGAAUGAAGGCAUCUCAAAUGAUGAACUGUCAAGCAUGAAGUACUGCCUACAAGAUGACCUUCCUCAAAAUAGGCUAAAUAAUGUCAAUAGUCUAUUGGAACUGUGCCAUUUACUGGAGGAACAAGGCCAGCUUUCAUCAGACAACCUAUCGAUGCUUGAGCAAUGCUUUGAGAUUGCUGAAAGGCAUGAUUUGAAAAAAAAAUUAAACCGAUUCAAACUGAAAAGCCCAGCGGGAUCAGAAAGAGCAGCGGAUCCUGCUACAUAUUUGAGAAUGCCAUCUGCAGAGAGGGUGUAUGUGAAUGCACAUCCUGCUUCACUGCCUGACCAAUUGAUGCAUCGUGGUGCCCACAACAGACAGAUUGGUGGAAGAGGAGUCCAAAUGGUUGAGAAACCGUAUAAUUCAGGAUGUUCAUCUGUACGUGGAAUUGCUGGCCCACUAAUGUCACAAUAUCCCAAUGCAUACCCCCAUACCCCAAUGCGCCAACAAAUACCUGUACGUUCAUCAGUGGUACAAGCUUCAAGAGACAGGCCAAACGCUCCAAGCUCAUCAAUUCUGGAGACGGAUUGCUACCCGAUGGCUCAACCUCUUGGGCUGUGCCUGCUGGUGGUAAACAUACAAGGACUUCGGAAUACAGAUGCCUUGUAUAAAGAUGCAGACAAUAUAAGGACGGCGUUCUCAAACCUCGGCUUUGAAAUUAUGAUUUUUCAUGACCUGUCAAGCAUGGAUUUGCGAAAUCUCCAGAGCUUCUGUCCCUUUAAAAAGAUGCACAGCUGCUUCGUUUGCUUCGUGCUCGGGAAGGGCACAGAUUCUGACAUAAAUGGCACCGAUGGAAUUCCUGUUUCAAUUGAAAUGCUGUCAAUGAAUUUCAAUGGACAGCAUUGCCCAGCCCUUGUGGGUAAACCCAAGUUGUUCUUCAUACUGACGGUGAUGGUGGCUGGAACAUUGUAUGGCCAAAGUUUGCAAGUUGACUCAUCAGGGGGUGCUCAUUAUGAUGAUUAUUUGGAAGCAGAUGGGCCAGGCAUCCCGAUUAAUGCUGAUGUUUUGGAGUGCAAACACGUAGUUGAAGAAGAAGCUUGUAGCAGAAAAGACAAGUCUGAUGGAACACCUUUUAUAAAACACCUCACUAAAUGCCUGAGUGAAUUGUGGCCAAUGGGUCAUGAUCUGUUGGAGGUGCUGACAGAGGUGAACAGGAGAGUGAGCGUUUGCAACCAAGGGCUGCAACAACGACCCCCAAAGCUAUCAAACACGAUGAGGAAGAGGCUCAUUCUACCACAGACACAAGGGUCUUUAAAACAGAUCUCAUGAGCUAGAGUCUUUGAUUCUAGAUACUGUGCUUGUAACAAUCACACACAACCUAAGUGUUACUGGAUGGCCAUGCUGGUAAUUUUGAAGCUUGCAAUGUUGUGUUAUAUUGCAAAUUGUUACUUUAUUUUGAUAGACCGUAUGUUCUAUUUUCCAACUAUCACUUUCUCACUUCACAGUAAUGAACCUUAUAUUUGCAUGCCAUUCUAUUUGGCAUGAAGAUGAAGUAUAUCCUUAAAUGUUGUAUUUAUUUAUUACUGAGAUGUAUUGGAAUUUCUGAUAUUUAGAACAAAAGGAGAGCCGAGUAUAUUAAAACCAUGUAAAUAAACUAAAAAUGUCUACAUGUUGCAAGCAGUUCCUUACCAAAGUUUUAUCAGCAGGUGUGCAUGCUACAUUUUAAAAUCCAUAGGCUGCAUAAAAAAUGGUGCGUGCUGUGGACUACAUGACUUUAUACUUGCUGUGUACAGACGUUGUGGUAUCACAUGAGCUGAUGUCCAUAUACUGUACAUGUGACCAUAACUGUAACUCUUGUCUGAAAUCCUCUUUCAUCUGACGAAUCUGUAUUUCUGUGUUUUGGCAAGGCAUUAUCUUAGUGGGACAAGUGCUUUUAUGGGCCACUGAUUGAAGAAACUACAUUAUUACAGUCUAACCUGAUAUGGCAGGUGUCUGUGGGUGAUCAUUGUGUUUCAUUGUGGACUUGCCUUGUUAAAGGUUUCCUGCAGUAUUUUGCGUUGAUGUAUUUUGAUCAUUUUUAACUUUUGCAUAACUCUUCAAAAGUCAAAUGUUGCCUGACAGGUCUAAUGAUGUAGAUGCUCACCCCGCGCCCUCAUUACUUUGAUAGUACAUUGUCUUUGAGCUGUACGCCUUUUGGCGUCAUCUGGUUGAGCACCAAUUGGGUCGAGGCUCAAAAGAAAGCCGUCCCUUGGUGUGGAUCAAUCAGUUUCAAGGACGAUGCAUAUAUUAUCAUAUGGUUUUUGUUUGCAGGUUUUGUGGUUAAUGCAGACAUGAAUCCUUGUAAAAGGUUUCAGUUUUGUUGCUAAAAAAAGGGGAAAACCCCUAUUAUGUUGCCUGGCAUGUUGGUGUAUUAUUUCAUAAACACCUGCUGUUCUUGAUUUGCGUAAUAUUUGCUGUACUAUGUGAAUUUAGUCUUCAAAAUAAUGAACUAAACUUAUUUGUAAUUUAUUAAAAUGUAACCCUUAUCUUGUU